CCUAAGCCUGCUCCGGCUGCGGCUGCGGGAAACCGCCCGCGGGCCAACACCACCAAGAAGUCGGAGCCCCCUACUCUUCUCCACGACUUUCUUCUAGGGCGGCCCUCCCCGGCGAGGUUGGAAGCGGAGCGCAAGCGACGGCAAAGCAUGGAUGCAACCAAGGCUGACAUGCGCCAUGAGAUGAGACAGAACUUGGUGCGCAAAUUGCAGCCUCCAAGUGGUGUUAAGGACAGAGUGAAUAAGUGGCAAAAGGCCAAUGCCGCUGCUAUGGCGGACGCCGACCCAGAUGAUGCAGCCACAGAGCCGACAGACGUCGCUUUUGCCGGAGAAGAGUUGGAAGACGUGACAGAGGAGGACCGGGUGCGCAUCAAGAUGAGGCAAAAGAGGAGACCGCCCAAAAAACCCAUUGUCCACAACGGCACUGCGGCGCCCGAGAAAGAGGAAAAGGAGCAGAUCCCUCCUCCUAAGAAGAGGAUCGUGAGCGACGACCAUUGGGUCAAGCCCAAAGUCAGGAAGGCGUCUGUUAGGAAGGUGUCACCUCGCCCGCGUAAGGCGAGUAACCCGACCCAGGCUGCCCGUAUUCCAAAUGGCUUUGUUUUCAGAUCGGUACCUAACCCGACCUUUCAGAGCAAGGUUAAGGCUUGGGCUGAAAAGGUCGUUACCCCACCGCCGAAAAGCCUCAAGGGGUCUUUAUCCUCAGACAUGUCUGCUUCUGAGGAUGAGGAUGAGGAUGAUAGUGACCAGGACGAAACAGCAACCGAAGUCACUGCGAGAAAGCCUAUCAGGCCCAAGACGGACGAUAAUGAUGGCAUUCGUGUCCGACCAAUACGGAAAAAGGAAUCUGAAGACGAUGGUAUCCGCGUUGCGCCCAUGAAAGCUGCUCCGGCCGCUGCUCAGGAUGAUGGCAUCCGCGUUGCGCCUAUGAAGGCUGCACCGGCCGCUGCUCAGGGUGAUGGCAUCCGCGUUACACCUGUGAAGGCGCCAGCUGCAGCUCAGGACGAUGGAAUCAGAGUGAAGCCAAUGGCUGAUUCCAGAUCAGAGCCAGGAACCCCAAGGCCGACACGACAGCGAAGCAAAACUGCAGGUGCUGCGCCCAAAAAGCACACAAUUCAAGAUUUGAUCAAAGCCGUUGAGGAGGCGACCCAAUUAUCAAUGUCCGAUGACGCAGAUUCCUACCUCGAUACCCAGCAACGGCAGAAACCUCGACCAGGGGGCGUGAAAAGAAGUGGAACGAAGCGUCCGAAUACUAGGGCCAAGUCGGCAGACGUCAGCUCCCGCGCCAAGCACCCUCCUCAUGUUCCAGACUCUGAUCUGGGCACAUCAUUGACUAACAAGUCUCUGGCCGACAUCCCAGGAGAAAUCCCGUUUGGACAUUCCGCCUUUAGUGAGUUGGAUUUGCCUCUACGGGGUCCUCCCAAGAGUAAACCAAAAGAACAGCAAAAGCGUUCAAAGCUUGACCGCGCAACGAGCCUCAAGGCCAUGCCAAAUGUAUUAAAGAAGGUAGUGGAGGAGGGUAGGAAAAUUAUUCAGGAGAUCAAUGAGGCUCCGAGGCAUGCGGUGCCCAAUAACCCCCCAAGCAUCGAGACAUGGCUCAACAACACCGUCGAACCUUAUGAUAAGAACAAGAGGCCACACUCUCCCACGUCCACGCUAUCUGAUGAGGACGACAGCGAAGAUGACGAUGACACCAUUGGAGAGGCUGCGCCUAAAGAGACGACGCCUAAGGUGACAACACCAAAGGCAACAACACCAAAGACGACAACACCAAAGCAGACGACACCAAGAAAGACUGCAUCAAAAGAGCUUAAACCAAAAGAGACGGCAUCAAGAGACACUGCGUCUAGAGAAACUAUCUCUAAGGAGACUACGCACAAAAGAAAGCCCUCGGCAGAGACAAAGAGCUCAAUGGUUUCUGAUUCUCGUGUAGUCUCCAAUGUUACCUCCGACGUCACCUCUUACCUGACUUCCAGCACGACGCGGUCGGAUGAGACAGCUAAGAGUGCCCCUGAUCCUACACACUCAGCUUCAAAAUCAGAUUCAAAGACUAAGGAUUUUGCCAAAAAGAAAUCGCCAUCCUCCUCGAGUCUAAAGAGGAGGAGCGCAACGAGAGAUUCUAUUCAUUCCAAAUCGGGUAGUAAACGACGACCGUUCUUUGGUGCCCUGAAAGAAGCGUUUCAAGGAGAAUCUGCAGGGCUUACGAAACCCAUAAAGAGCUACCAGAGUCAUGAAGAGCGUGAAAUCGAAUCUGAGGAUGACGAGCUGGACGAUGAUGAAACAGAACACGAAGCCGAUUCACAGUACAUGCAGUCCAAUUCAGAUUUGAGUAGCUGGGUUACGACAGACACCCGCUCGAGCAGUGAUCGGGACUCAUCAGCCCUCAGCUCAGCAAGAGGGAUACCGCAUAUUGCUGGACCACGUCUCCGUCCUCCUACAAAAGGCCAUGAGCUUUCGACAAUCCUCUCCGAGGGCUCUAGUGCCAGCCAUUCGGAAACUGCGUCGGAUGUGAGUCAAUCUACUCUCACUCGCUCAACGACGGUUACAAAAUCGAGUGACCCAAAAAUCCCACAGCGACAGGGUUCAGGGCUCAAAAGGAGGCUGACAAAACACUCUGACUUGGUUUCCGUUCUCUCACUGCCUGAUGAUACCAACGUUCCCCAAGGAAUCAUGAACAGCAGAUCAAGACCGAGUCUGCGGAAAGCACGCGGCUUGUCCAACAAUGUAACUGCUGAUGAUUUGCUGAAAGAGUUUGCCGAUGACGAAAACCUGUAUCAACGUGAGCUCAAGACAUUAGUCGAUGGCGUGGUGCCCGUGCUUCUUUCUCACGUAGUGAGUGACACAACUUCACCUUCCGAUCUCUUCGGGACUGCCUCUCCAAAGAUCAAGGUCGACAUUACAUCCAAGUCUGUCGUCAACAUGGGAGUUGCUCUUGAGAAGCUCAAGAAUGCACACGCCAAGGCCCCCUUGACAGACAUCCGCCGAAUGGCCAACUGGGCCCACGGCGUUGUCCCGAUUUACAAUAACUACCUAGGUGUCUGGAGACUAGGCUUCCAAGACCUCAUAGUCAACCUCGCGCCUCGGCGAGGUACCCCGGAUGAAGACGACUCUAUCCUCGAUUCAUUGCCAAGAAAUGCGAAUGGCGAUCUCAUCAACGCCCAGGGAGAGCGUGUGGCCGUCGCCUAUCUCCUGAAGCGGCCCCUCCUCCGCGUGAAACAGAUGGCCCGUUUGAUCGUCUGCGUCGACCAAAUGUUUACCUCGCCUGAUACCAACCAGUUAGUCAAAGAUUUCGAGGCGCUGCAAGAAAAAGCUCGUCAGCGCCACAGAGAGGAAGUUGCGAGGAUCAUUGAUGAAGAAGCCGCCAACACUGAUACCACCAGAGCCAGAGAUCUCAGAACACUUGGCCCAACCAAGUCUAUCACUGUCGGCCUCACUCGUCAAGUUAGUGCCAAGGAUAUCUUUUCGCUUGACCUUGUCCAUUCCAAUGGUCAAAGGCUGGAGUGUCAGGUCGAGCUGGUACACCGAGAUAACCAAAGCCGCCCUGAAGAUAGAGGAGAUCUUCUCAUUCGGGAAGUGGGAGAUGGUCGGCGAUCAUAUCUCCUCUUCCCGCCCAUCUCCAUGUCUCUUGUCUCUGCUCGCUCAGGAGAUGGAAAGUUGGACAUGGUGGUCAUGGUCCGUGGUAACCACAAUGGGAAGCCAUGGCAUGAGCUGCUCAAUCUCUGGGCAGACGAAGAGGAGCAGAUUCUGGACUGGCUCGAUAUCCUGCCGUCUUCUCCUGUCCCGCCCAGGGAGCCCGAACCAAGUGUCAUUGACGAAUCUGAGCUGGGAUCAGACUCUCCUAGGUUACCUGACGUCCCCGUCGGAGUUCAGAGCAUGGUGAGCGCGGCAUCUCGAUCCGAAUACACCGACGGAGAGGACUCUGAUAGUAGUGUUGCGACUCCACCGACUCCUACACGAGCCGCCCCUGGACCUCCAGGCAAAGAUAGAAGCAAGACGGGGUCUGCCUCUUCGAAGCAAAUUCCCGUGAUAUACCACAAUGACGCGCCACCGCCGCGACCACCGGUUCACCGAACCCUCAGCCCCACGCCUCAGCAAGCACCAAAGUCCCAGUCAUUGCUUCAACCACCGGUCGACAUGCACGCCAUAAAGCGAAGAGGUUCUUCUCCUCUUAAGCAUGAGUAUCUGCCUUCUGAGGUAUCCUCGGCCUCGGGCCUGUCUUCUUCUGCAGUGUCUUCGAUAGAAGAGGAUGUGUCUGCAACUGAGAGCGAGUCUGAGUCAUCCGACGAGGAGUUGGAGAGCCUUGACAUUCCUCAGACUGAACUUGGCUACAGCAUCAGGGAUGAAGGCCAGAGAAGAGGCUCGUAUGCACCUUCGUAUGCACCCUCGUAUGCUCCUGCAUCUGAGGUUAGCUUGACGCCAUCCAACUCUGCCUCCCAAGCCGGUCUCCAUGGACGGAAGCCUUCAGAGGAAGACGGCAGCAUUGCGAGAUCGGGACGAUGUCUAGCAACCAUCUCCAGAUGGUCUGACAAGGGCGCGUGGAAGGACGUUCAUCCUGAUCACUGUUCGAUUGUGGUUAAAGAUGGUCUUAUUGAGGCGUUUGCUUUCCGAGAUAGCAACUAUACUCAGCUCGACGAUAGGCCCAUUGUUGCAUUGGAUCUUACCCCGUUGGUCUUGAUUCGACAGAGCACUGCAGUCGACCUCGAAAUCAGAUCAUCAAUGCAGCCUCAUAGCAAGUUGGCGCCAGUCUACCAGGGCGGCAACUUUCGCUUCCGGUGCAUGAACGGUCCUGACUGCUACACUCUCUACACGGCUGUCCACCACGCUCGCCUCAACAACCAAAAGUUUAUCCAACUGGAGAAUGAAGCCCGGUUCAGAAGCUUUGGGGAGCGACCAGCUCCACCCGAAGAUGGAGACAAGAGCAGCCGGGCUCGCAGCUGGUUUGGCAGAAAGAACAGCUACCGCAGCUCAGUGAGGGCACCACAGUCACAACAAUUUGAUGGUGCCAGCACUACACCUUCGUCGACGCUAUCUGCCUCCAGCUUCCUCAAGAAGCUCACUCUUGUUGGAAACCUCUCUUUCAACCUGGCCCGGUCAUCUGUUGAUAAGCGUGGCGGCCGAGGUGGAAGCGGCAACAACAGCCUGUAUACAUCAGGCUCUUCGUCAGGAUAUGGGUCACCUCGAUCGCCGUCAGUUAGCGUGGACAAUGGCGGUGAGAUGCCGGUAAACCUUGGCACCGAGAACAUUCGCAUCCGGCUACAUCUUCUUGUUUCGCCGGCCAAGUGGGAAGACUAUGGUAACUGCAGUCUACAGAUCCGCCGACCACCCCCUGGCUGGCGCCAGGCCCUUCGAGCAGAUCACGGUCUUGAGAAGCGCGUCACGGUUACGACGAUGCCAAAGAAGAGCUCUGAGAAGCCCAUUAUUGUACUGGAUGCCGUUCUAGGAAGUGGAUGCUUCACCCCUAUGGGAAGUAGAGGUAUCGUCUGCGGUGUCUGGGAAGAAGUCAAGAACGGUGAAGGAGUUGUCGGCGGCGUUCCGGCAAACGGAGCUACAGGAGGAAACAUCAAGAAAUGGUGUUUCCAGUUCGCCAGCGUAACUGAAGCCGGCUGGGUGCUACGACUGGUGCACCAAGAGGUUGUUACUGCUUGA